AUGUUUCAACCAACAAGAAUAUGUCUCAGUGCACUCUCAAAACGUACCAAGAGAGUUCAAGUUCAAGUUUUAAAGGAUUUCCCCAUGUUUAAUCUAUACAAGGGUCAAGUGACUAAAGUGAAACCUUCAUUCAUGCGAAACUAUCUUCAUAACAAUAAUGGUGCCAAGUAUAUUUUAGAUGAGACUAGUGAUGUGGAUCCCAUUUUAUUAAAACAAUUCCAAGAGAGGAAAUUCACUGUGAACGAGACAUCUGCAAGUAAUGUUAAGAAACAGAUACCGCACGCUGCGAAGGGAACUCACCCUUUAACGAAGGAGGAAUUACAGGAAUUAGGCAAGAUUAUAGACAAGAAACAGAUGUCUGUUGAGGCGGAGAAGGCAAAGAAGGAGAAUAUUGGGUUGGAUUCCGAUGUAACUUUAGAGAAUGUUAAGAUUCCUGGGCUGGAUCUGUAA